AUGACAAAAAGUCAGAAAACAACGGUCAAAAUUUCUGUAGAGGAUCCUGAAACUGGCAAGAAUAUUCUUCUAAAACUUCAAAAUAUGAAUUUCCUUGCGGCUGGCGCAUUUUCAAACGUGUAUCGUGGCAUCGCUUCGACGGACAAUGGUGAAAAAAGAGAAGUUGUGAUAAAGAAGACGUGGCCAAAGAAGAAGGGAAAAUCCAGCGAAGAGGACAUUCUGGAGAUGUUGAGAAGAUUAAAACAUAAGAAUAUCGUCAUGCUGUUGUACAGUUAUCAGAAAACGCAUAAAGAAGUCAAAUUGAUCACAUGGCAACUAUUUCGAGGACAAGCACAUCUGCAAAGACUCGAAGUAUGUCACCGAGACAUCAAGCCUCAAAAUCUGCUCUUCAAUCCCGAAACGGGUCUUUUGAAAAUUUCGGAUUUCGGAUCGUCGUUUGUUCAAUCACCGGAGGAAUUGAACAGUUACCACGUCACGAGAUACUACAGACCGCCCGAGUUGAUUCUUGGAUCGAGGAGAUAUGGCAUUGAGAUUGACAUUCGGUCGUGCGGAUGUGUGUUUGGAGAGCUACUCAAAGGAAGAGUCUUCUUGGCUGGAACGUCUUCCGUCAACCAAGUCGAAGUGAUUUUUGAUGCUCUUGGACCACCAACCAAUGAAGAUUUGAAAGAAAUGAGAGUAUCGAAUUCUACAUCAACUCCCAUAAUUCAAAACUACAAAAUGGAUCAUAACAAGAGAUCAUUGAACUUUUCCUAUCUCUUCGAACAAUCAGAUUUUCAACAAGAAGAUGUGAAUAGUCGGGUGAUGAAUGAGAAAAUUUCACUGGAGGACAUGAAGAAGGCAACGCUGAUUCUACGACGUAUUUUGGUGUACAACCCAAAAAAUCGAUUUGCUGGGGACAAACUUCUGACCAACAAAUUUUUCAGUGAUUUAUUCGAGGGGAAAGUAGUUCGGGAGGGCGAUAAGAAUAUUGGUUGUUUGACGAAAAAGGAUUUGGAAAAAGUUCAACGAGGAGAUAAAACGACAACGCAUGAGACACACGAAACCAGAGAAACUUGUGAAUGA